AUGGAACUUCAGUAAUUCCUUUUAAAUUUAAAAAAUGAUUAGGAGAACUACAAGCCAGAUAUUUAACUACUUAAAUUUUCAGAAAUCUUAGCUUAAAAUGAAUAUGAUGAGAAAACUUACUAUAAUACUUAUAAUAUUAAAUUUUAAUUACAAAAUGGACAAAAUAUAUAAAUUGCAGUAACUGAAGGAAAUACAUUAAGCAACUUAAAGAUUUCUAUAUAAAAAACAACAGGAAUUCAAUAUGAAGAAUAAAUUUUAGUUUUCAGAGAUAAAGUUUUGAAAGAUGAUUAGAUGUUAUAGGAGUAAUUAACAGAUUUAACAUACGAUUGUUGUAAAGCAUAUGUUUUUGUUAAAUCGCAAAUAAAUACCAAUAUUUAGAUUAAAGAUUAAAAAAUGAACACUUUUACCAUAUAAGCCCAUUUAAUCUCUAAAAUAGAUUAAAUAAAAUAACAAGUACACUAAUUCACUGGUCUUUAGUCAAAUAAGUACCAUUUAAAAUAUAAUAACAAAGUUUUAUUAGAUAAAGAAUUUAUUUUUGAAAUUUGCGGUACUUAAUAAUAAAAUAUAACACUUUUUUUGGUAGAAAAAGAUCCUAAAGAAAUAAUUACAAUAAAUAUUAUCCUACCUUAAGAUGACAAAAUUUUAAGUAAGUGUGACACAUUAACUUUAAGCGAAUGCAAAAUAAAAUAAUAUUCAAAUAUAUUUGUCAUAGUUGAGUAAAAUAAUGCAUGCUUUGUUUAAAACACUUUAGUUACUCUAGCAAAUGGUGAAAAGAAAAAAAUAAAAGAUAUUUCUGUUGGUGAUUAAGUAAUUAGCUACAAUUAGGAAGAUUAAAUAAUUGAGGUAGAUGUUGUGCAAGAGGUUAUGCAAUUCAAGGCUAAUAUAUUUUGUAAUAUAUAAUUUGAAAAUUCAAACAUCAUUUGUACAUUGAAUCAUCCUUUUUAUAACCCUGAAGAAAAAGCAUGGAAAUGCGUUUAUCCUGGUGGAAAUUCUACUUUAAAAAAUUACUUAAGUGCUAAUGAUUCGUUAUUAUUAUAGGAUAAAUCAAUAUCUUAUAUAAAAAAUAUUGAUUUUUUUACUACUGAAGAACGAUUCAUCACUGUUUAUCAUUUAACCAUUUAAAAAAAUCAUAAUUUUUUUGUAAAUGGAGUUCUUGCUCAUAACAAAUAUUUAUUUGUAAAAACAUUAACUGGAAAAACUAUUACUUUGGAUGUUGAAUCUAUAGACACAAUUUAAAAUUUAAAAGCCAAAAUAUAAGACAAAGAAGGUAUACCACCUGAUUAGUAGAGAUUAAUAUUUGUUGAUAAGUAAUUAAGUGAUGGAAGAGAUUUAAAAUUUUAUAAAAUUCAAAGAGAAUCAACAUUACAUUUAGUUUUAAGAUUAAGAGGUGGUUGCUUUGUCUCUAAUACAUAAAUAACUAUGGCAAACAAUUAAAAAAAAUUUAUAAAUGAAAUACAAGAAGGAGAUUUAGUAAAAAGCUAUAGAAUCACAGAUUAAACUUUUCAACAAAAUGUUGUUACAAGAUUCGUUAAGCAUGACAUUGAUUAAUUGUGUAAAAUAACUUUUGGAAAUUAACAUGUGGUGUGUACAGUUAACCAUAGGUUUUAUGAUCCAGAGAGCAAAUUAUGGAAAUCAGUUUGCCCUAGUCCUGGCUCAGAUAUCAGCUUCUUAAAAAAAUACGAUUAUUUACUUUCUGAGGAAGGUGAAAAAUUAUAAAUUACAGAAAUUAAAAUAUUCACCACUAAAAAUCCUGUAUUUAUAUACCACAUACAAGUAGAAAAUAACCAUAACUUUUUUGCGAAUGGUGUUUUAGCUCAUAAUAUGCAAAUUAAUAUUCAGCGUUAGUAAGGUUCAUUAAUUAAAUUAAAUGUCGAACCUUCUUAUAAAAUUAUGGAUAUUAAAGUAAUGAUUUUUAAAGAGACUGGCAUACAAUUAAUAGAUUAAAUUUUAAAAUUUGCUGGAAAUGAAUUAAUAGAUUAAAUGACGCUAUCUGAUUACUAAAUUUGUGAAGGUACAGAGGAAUAGACUCUCCAUCUUGAAUUAAAACAAGAUUUAAUGGCUUCUAUUAUUUGCGAUGAUAAAUAUGCACCUACCUAGUAAAUGCUUGAUAAGAAAUAAGACAAGAAUUAAUAUGCAUAAUUUAGAAUUAUUACUCCUGAUUGUAAUUACUUUUUUACUUCGAAAAAAGAUAAGAAAUUCUAAUAGCUUGAGGAAAAAAUUAAACCUUUAAUUAAAGAAGAGUUUUUAAUGAUUUAUGGUGGUAAAAUCAUAAAAAAUAAGCUAGAUUCACUUUAAGAAUUUACAAAAAAUCAAAGCUUUGAAAUGAUAGUAAUUUCAAGCUCUAAUGGUGGAGAGUAAAUUAAUUUAUUUGAUAAAAUAUAAAAUCUAAACCAAUAAUAAUAACAAUGGACUGAUGCUAUUCUUCAAAUUUAUAGUAAACAUUAAAUUUAAGAGACAUUUUAAUUUGUAACAAACUACAUACAGAAUCUAAAAGUUUAAGAAAAAAUUAAAAAAAUUGCUUUACCAAUUACAAUUUGGACAACUAACCUUUUAUACAGAUAAAUCAAUCAAAGUCUUUCGAACAAUACAUAUUCUGAUUGGCUUCCAUAUUUAAAAGAAUUUAUGAAUAGCAUCAAAUACUUCCCUUACUAUUAAGGUAAAGCUUACAGAGGGAUAAAAAACUUUUCUUACUAAGAUUUUGACUAUAAAAUUGGAAAUUAUGUUACUUGGAAAAACAUCAUAUCUUUAUCCUUAUCUGAGAAACAAGCCAGAAAAUUUAGCAGUUUAGAAGGUGCUUUAUUUGAAAUUGACGUUAUAAGUGCUAAGUAGAUUUUUCCAGUUUCUGUUUUUUAAGAUGAGCAGGAAGUAUUGCUUUUACCUUUCUCAUGCUUUUUAGUUUAAUCAAUAUAAAUAUAAGAAGGCAGCCCUAUGGUAAUUAAGAUGAAAGAAAUAAGUGUCCCUAGAUCUAUUUAAGUAGUUAUUUGGGUAGAUGACAAUCCUAUCAAUAACUAUAAAUAUGCAAACUAUAUAGAAACAUAAAAUCCAAAUGUAAGCAUUGUAUUUUGUAAAACUACUUAUGAAGCAAAUAGGAUUUUAAGUUAAUUCAAUUGGAUAGUACAUCUAGAACAAUCAGCAAUUAGGGUUAUCACAGAUAUGGUUAGAAUAGAAGAAGAUGGCAAGACCAAUUAAUAGGCAGGAUUAGAACUAGCAGAACUUUUAUUUAAAUAGCUAAAAAAGAGCAUAGAAAUUAUGAUUUUUUGUCAAAAUGUUGAAUAAGCAAAUAAAAAUUUAAAAGAAAAAAAUUUAUAAGAUGCAAGAAUAAUAAUAACAAACAAAGAAGACAAAGUCAUAAAAUUUGCUUUAUUCUAAAUUUGA